CCCUCGGUUCAUUCUCGGCGAGGGGCAGCAGUUGCCUGUGUGAGAGCGAGUGUGAAGCGUGUGUGGAUUUCUUUUUUACUCGGUUUCUUUCUUUUUUCUUUUUUUUCUUUUUUUUGUAAUUUUUCGGACCGUCAUUCAGUGGCUGGAUGGCGUGGGACAGGUGUAACCAGGACUCGGUGUGGAGAGAAUUAGAGUGCGCUGCCUUGGUUGGUGAAGACCAGCCCCUCUGCCCAGACCUCCCUGAACUGGACCUCUCAGAGCUGGAUGUCAGUGACUUAGAUGCAGACAGCUUUCUGGGUGGCCUCAAAUGGUACAGCGACCAAUCAGAGAUCAUUUCCGCUCAGUAUGGCAACGAGGCGUCCAAUCUUUUUGAGAAGAUAGAUGAAGAAAAUGAGGCCAACUUGCUGGCAGUGCUUACAGAGACCCUGGACAGCAUCCCAGUGGAUGAGGACGGAUUGCCUUCGUUUGAGGCCCUGGCAGACGGGGACGUGACCAAUGCCAGUGACCGGAGCUGUCCCUCCUCCCCUGACGGCUCGCCACGCACCCCAGAGCCUGAGGAGCCUUCCCUGCUGAAGAAGCUCCUUCUGGCACCCGCAAACUCCCAGCUCAGCUAUAAUCAAUACACAGGUGGCAAGGCACAGAACCAUGCAGCCAGCAGCAACCACCGGAUCAGACCACCACCUGCCGUCGUCAAGACGGAGAGCCCCUGGAAUGGCAAAGCAAGAGGGGGCUCCAGCCAACAGAACCGCCCGGUGAGGCGGCCUUGCACUGAGCUGCUGAAAUACCUAACGGCCACAGAUGACAUUCUGCUUCACACCAAAGCCAGUGAAACCAAGAGCACCUGGGGGGGUGCCAGUAGCAGGGACAAGAGUGGCCUGGGUCUUGGCGCCUCUUCCUCCUCCUCUUCGCCAUCCUCGUCAUCCACGUCCUCGUUCUCCUCCCUCUCCUCCACCUCUUCGCCCUCUUCCACCACCUCCAAGAAGAAGUCAGCUGUACCAUCUCAACAGCAGCAGCAGCAGCCGCUGCAGCAUCACCAGCGAGCCAAACCAACCACCUUGCCACUUCCUUUGACCCCAGAGUCUCCAAAUGACCACAAGGGAUCACCGUUUGAGAACAAAACCAUUGAACGCACAUUAAGUGUGGAGAUUGCUGGAACCCCAGGUCUGACACCACCUACCACGCCCCCACACAAAGCCAGUCAAGAGAAUCCUUUCAAAGCAUCGCUCAAAACCAAGUUGUCUUCAUGUUCCUCCUCAGCCUUGGCAUGCAAAAGAGCCAGGUUGAGCGAGUUGGGCCCCGGCGCUCUGGCCCCGGCCCCAGGUGCCUCAGGCGGGGGCCCCACCAGGAAGGGUCCCGAACAGACUGAGCUUUAUGCCCAGCUGAGCAAAGCGUCCACCGCCCUCCCUUACUCCGUCACCCAACACACAGUGGGGGGUGGCUUUGAGGAGCAUCGCAGCACUUGCAACAAUAAGCGGGUGGUGCCCCGUGGCUACAGUGACCAUGACUAUUGCCAGGCGUCAGCUAGCACUAAGAAGGACGGCGGCACAGCCACUGUCACCAUGACUACAGCAGCAGAAGUGACGGUCACAUCAGGUGCCACUGCUGCUCACAUGCCUACUGCAGGCAAAGUGGAGGAUAGGCAUGUUGAAUGUAAGGACUCAGCCAUGCCAGCAUCCUCUUCAUCAUCUUCAUCUUCUUGUUCUCCAUCAUCAGCUUCAUCUGGUCCUCUGGCUAAGCAGCAGAUUUUUGCUUCUGUGGAUGGAGAAGCAGCCCGGGUCCAGGGGUUGGGGAAGCAGACCCUUACACAAACCACCCACAUCCCUUUACAAGAGGCCACUACUGACAGGGACAAGCACCCUUCUGCCACCAGCCGGAAGCUCCUGUGUGACCAGGAAAUCAGAGCAGAACUCAACAAGCAUUUUGGCCACCCCUUACAUGCCCUUUGUAGCCAGGGUGGCCAGGAGAAAGAUACAGGCAGCAAACCAAAUACAUCUGCAGCCCCACAGUCCCUUAAGAAGGGGGAGGAUGGCUACUACUCUCAGAAGCUACCUGGUUCCAGCUACCUGCACCCAGGGUUCCUGGCCUUCCACGAUGAGCUAGAGCUGGGUGAGGGCCGUGAGAAUCGUUUCCUCUAUCCAUGGGAGGGCACCCCUCUGGACCUACUCUUUGACUGUCCUCCCUGCUCUCCUUCCUGUUCCCCACCAUCCAGCUGCUCCCCUUCACGAGGCUCCGUCUCCCCACCUUCCUCCCUCCUCCUCUCGCCCAGCAGGCCUUUCUGCUGGACCAGCAGCGAAUCCCGCUCCCGUUCUCGUUCCCACUCUGGCUCCCGCAGCUCCUCCUCGCACUACCGGAGGCGCUCCCUUUCCAGCUCACCUGACAGACGCCCCUCCUCCUGGUCUUGUCACAACACAGAUUCAAGCACUUUUCGUUCCAGGACUCACAAGAGCCCUCACCCUCAGUCUCGUUAUCCUCUUAGCCGCAGGCCAAGGUAUGACAGCUACGAGGAGUACCAGCACGAGAGGCUGAGGAGGGAGGAGUAUCGCCGAGACUAUGAGAAGCGGGAGUUUGAAAGGGCUGAGCAGCGAGAGAGGCAAAGGCAAAAAGCAAUAGAGGAGAGACGGGUGGUUUACGUGGGGCGACUGAGGUCCGACUGCACCCGGACAGAGUUGAAGCGCCGCUUUGAAGUCUUUGGCGAAAUUGAAGAAUGUGCAGUGAACUUGAGGGACGAUGGGGACAAUUUUGGCUUCAUCACGUACCGCUACACUUGUGACGCCUUUGCCGCCCUUGAGAACGGACACACCUUACGCAGGUCAAACGAGCCUCAAUUCGAGCUGUGCUUUGGCGGGCAAGAGGAGUUCUGCAAAUCACAUUACACAGACUUGGACUCCCAUUCGGACGACUUUGAUCCAGCCUCCACAAAAAGCAAGUAUGACUCCAUGGAUUUUGACAGCUUGCUGAGGGAGGCGCAGCGCAGCCUGAGAAGGUAACCGGUUCAGCGGCACCUGCUGUCUGUCACAAAGAGGGACUUCUGAUACCUCACUGUUGUUUCUCGCUCCUUUGACGACGAGACUACCAGAAGUUUUACACUCUGUCCUAGAGUAUAUAAGAAUAAGUCUAUAGACAUAUAUAUCAAUUUAAAUUAAUAUAUCACAAAUGAAGUUUACAUGAACAUAGCUGCUGAAGAGCUGGAAAGAGACGUUUCAUUCUGAGAAAGCCGGUGAGCCCUCAGAACCCGGUGCACACGUUCGGUGCACUUUACUGCUGUACAACCAUCAGUGAAAGAAUAAGAAAACAAAAAACUUUAAUGAUUUUUUUUCCCUCCAAGCUCUACAAUACCCACAAUUCUUUGGGAGUGAAAACAUGGAGCUUGUUCAACCAGAUUUGUUUUCUUUUGCUGUUUUGAUUUUUCUUUCAUUUUCUUUUUCUUUGAAAUCUGGUGUUUGGAUCGAGUGUUACAUUACAAACAAGAGGAUAGGGAAUUGUAUCUUGGAGGUAAAAUUCUCAAGGUAACAUUGUUGUCUACAUUUUAAGGAGAAAUGUAGCCGUGUAUUUACAAAUACUAUAAAAAGGAAUAUUUUUAUUUUAUGUACAUAUAGGAUAAAGUUCUUUAUUUGUUACAGCUAUGCACUGUAAAAUGCAGCCUUUUUUAAAAAUGAGGAGAAAAUUUCUUAAUUCAGAAUGUUGAUCUGUAGUCAUUACAAUACUGUAAAACAUAUUGUACACCUACAUGAUGUUUAGCAGACAUGAUAUGAUUGUAAAAAAAGAAAAAAAGAUGUGUCCGACUGCUCAUUUUGAGGGAGCAUGUGAACAAACGUCCUUUUUUUAAGUUAUUUUGUUGGGGAAAAAAACAGUCAACCAUGUAUAGUUUUCUCUGUUUAUAAAGUUUCUCAAUCAGUGUUUUUGCUUAUACAACCAGUGUAAAAUGCAUUUUUAACGUGUUUUUCAUGAUUGUAAAAAAAAAAAAAAAGGUACCCCAUUUUUUAUUAAUUAUUCUGAAGCAACUCGGUUUGAUUUCAUUGCUUUGUAUUGUUCUCGUUUUGAUUACCUUAAGUGAGAGAGAAUACUGCAUUCAAAUCUUUUCAAUCAGUACAAACACAUAUUUAUCUAUUUAUUUUAAUAUUUGAAUCAAGAAUAUUUAUGGGCUCCAUUUUACAUGGCGUGCCUCAUGAAAUUUAUUUACUGUUUAUGUUGUCCUUCGAUCUGUGUUAUUUAACUUACAAUCACUAGACAGGGUGUACAAUACAUGGUUUGGUGGGGGAUAAUAUUACCUUCUAUGCCUUUCCAAAACAAUCAAAACAUUCAGCUAAUCACUCCAGCAGUCAGCCCCUCAUCAUUUUAGUGAUUUCUGUUUCCACUACUAAUACCGAUCUGCAUCACGUUGCUGGUUUUUCUUUUCACUCAGAAGCAGAACAUGAAGCAAUAAAAUGAUUUUGCAGGAA